GCGGCCCGGUGGCAGCGGCCCGGGCUUCGUUCCAUAUUGCAACAUUAACGUGGACAAUGAUUGUGGACGUGAAAUCGGUCAGGGGGCGACACGUGGCCGCCCGGUGAAGCAGACAAUAGAUCCCGGGGAUCAUCAGUCCCGGCGAAAUCAGAAUGACGACUACGCGCGUUCCGCUCAGCAGGCUUGCUCCUCUGUCGUCGCGACACGUGGCGGGCAUGCCGUGACAGCCGGGAGGGUCUGGCGUUGGCCUGCGCCAUAUCUGCUCUCACAGCCAGUCUGGCUCGACUUCCCCAAAGCUGGCACCGUCCUCGGCAGCCGUAGCUGAUGAAACCUCAGCAGCUGAUGUCGGAGUCGGUGAUAGCCCGCCACGUGUCAGCGAAAAAAUGCUGGACCUUACCGUAGGGUUGACUUCUGGAUUCGCCUUAUCCACAAGUUGUUGGGUGCCACGUGUCUUUUGACGCCAAACCUGACAAGCUACGGUUUACUACGGGUGGCCGAGCCCGUCUGGCAAAUCAAAUCUUGGAAGUUGAGAGAGAUGGGGGGUGCAUGUCAGAUGACCGUCCUUCAAUUUGCUGUGCAGACGACAGUCGGUGCGGCACGUCACGGCUUGUUAUCUCUUCCCCAGAGAGGGGUGGAGAUUGCGACACCUGCUGUGGUUCUCUACACGCGCCGCGGCCUUCCCGUUCAUCUGACCGCCGACCUGCUUAGGACCCUCGGUCCCGAUGCCCGGUCAUUACAAGUCAAUCCCGUGCAUUUCCUGGAGAGCCCCGGCCCUGAUAUUGUACAAGUUGCUGGCUCCAUUCAUGAUCUCCUGAGCUUUCACGACUAUGCCUUGUUCGCGCUCACAUCCGAUCCGCUAGAGUUCGAGGCCGGUGGCACGACCACAAAGACCAGCGCAUCUUUUGAAACCCCCGCCGGCCGCCGUUCUGUCACCAUUUCUCAGUACAUGGAAGUAAUUAACGCGAUGAAGCCUGACGUGGCAGCCAGCUUGACAGAUGAGAUCUUGGCCACGUCCUCAGCGAAGCGGACCAUCAAGUCGGUCGAUCGAUCCCUCCGUUGGCUCGACUCUUGCCUAGACCUCCGUGCUACUGGUAGCCUGGAUCUUCCCAUCUUUGGCUCCAUUCAGGGUGGGGGUAUGAUUGCAGAACGUGAACGGUCUGCUUGCGAAACUGCUAAACGGGAGGUAGCAGGGUUUCAUCUUGGAGGGUUCGGACGAGGAGAGACUUAUGAGGAACGCAGUUUGCUAUUGCAGGCUGCAAUCAACCACCUUCCCCCUGAGAAACCCCGGCAUAUCAGCGGUCUGGGCGUUCCGGAAGAUGUACUCCAAGGGAUCUCAGCAGGCGUUGACUUGUUUGAUGGCUCCUAUGCGCACAGAUUGACGAUGGGCGGUUUUGCGAUGGUGUUUCCUCCAGAUGAAGAGGAGGAUGACGUGGCAUUUCGUAAUGGUGUCCAUGUGGCGUUGGGAUCUGCAGUAGCUGCUCAGAAUGGUCAGGCCAAGGGGAACGGCGUCAUCGGUGGCAUGGCGAAUGGAGGAGGAGGAGGAGGGAGGAAUGAGAGUGCUCAGCGGUAUGCUGCCGAAGUUGGGGAGGCUGAUGCUGAUGGUGCAACUCUUGUAGAGCUCAAGAGUCAUCGUGGGAGAGAACGGGGACGAGAUGGGAAGAAGGACAAGGUGGGAAAAGGAGAAUUGCCAGAGGAGCAUGGUGGUGUUGUUAGUGGUGCUAUCAAUUUACGAUCGACUGCGUAUCGCCUCGAUGGACGUCCUAUCCUCGCGGGGUGCGAAUGUUUCAGCUGCCGCAACCAUUCUCGUGCCUACAUUCACCAUUUGCUAAACACAAGUGAAAUGCUGGCACAAGUCCUCCUUGACAUUCACAAUAUUCAUCACUACCUGCGGUUUUUCCGAGCAACGAGAAGAGCUAUCUCUGAAAUGCGCUUCUCAGAGUAUUGCAAUUGGUUUCUGAAACGCCGUCUCGAUUGUUCAAAUGGCCGUCCUGCUUCGCAAAAGAGAUUUGUAAUGGAAGAAUGCCAUUCCAGGCAAAAAUAUUCUGAAAAGGCAUCCUUGUUGCCCUUGUCUGUAGGGACAUUUUGACCGUGAAUGAUGGGCAACAGAGUAGGAGUUGCUACAGUUUUGGAUAAAUAAGUGGACGAGUGGACAGGAUAGGUAUAGAGAGACAAUAGACACUAGGUGAGUAAUUGAUAGCUGAGUGCGUAGAUAAAUAGGUAUAGACUUGCAAAUAUUUAUAUAUAGGUAAUCAUAGGUAGGUAGGUAGGGAGGUAGGUGAUCAUACGGAGGUACAGGAAACGUCCUGUAAUUGUUCACUUAUUUUCCCAGUGGUGUUCCUUUGCGGCAUCUAUGUUAAUUUUCAGAUCUUGAGAGUUCCUUUCUUAGUCAUCAUGAUUUUUCACACCACAGCCUCACCUGGUUGGGGCUUGCAGAAGCAUUAUCAACGUCAGCAUUGCUAAUCCUUGUGUCAUUGAUGUACGUACACACAAGCCACGCACACACAGACAGACGUAUCUUUGUACAUACAUAUACACAUACUGUAUGCAUGUAUGCAUGCAUGCAUGCAUACAUGUACAUGCAUACGUACAUACGCAUGUGCAUAUGUACGUACAUACUUUCUUUGCACUUUGCAUGUAACGUGCAUACGUAGAUACGUACGUACGUACUACACUUGCUAUACUUACAAACAUACAUACACUACAUACAUACAUGCAUGCGCGUAUCUAUGUAUGUAUGUAGAUACAUACAAUGUUUACAAACGUACCUAUGUACGUUUAUACCAACAUACAUCCAUACAUACACGCACACAAGGGGGAUCAUAAUGUGUGCAAACAUCAGCGAGCAUGAUGCUGCCAACCUUUGGCCAUACCCAGAC